ACCCCACUUCCGGUGGGUGUUAAGAAAGCGUCGCCUGUGUGUCUGUUUUCAUGCUGCUAGUAUGACUGCGCGGGUCGCUGCACUCGGCUGUUCGCGGUUCUGCGGCGUGUGUGAAAGGACGGGAGCGGUGUUCGCGCUCGCUGCUUCUCUCUCUGCUUAACGGCUGUGCCGUACACCCUCGUGCAACGUUAUUGUGAAGUAACAGCAGUCCUCUGGCGCACUUAGAGGACAUGGCAGCCGCGACCGUGGCUGAGUCGGACCCGGUAGAGACCGAUGGAGCUGCUGCUGCCGCCGCCGCCGCCGCCGCCGCCGCCGCCGCCGCCUUUACGGAUCUACGCGACACAGGCUGGAAUGAAUCGCAGCUUCGACAAUAUACUUUUCCAACCCGACAGAUACCGCGACUAUCCCAUACAGAUCCGCGUGCUGAGGUCCUCAUCAAUAACGAGGAGCCUGUUGUAUUAACAGACACCAGUUUAGUAUAUCCAGCUCUAAAAUGGGACAUACCCUACUUGCAAGAGAACAUUGGAAAUGGGGACUUCUCUGUUUACAUAGCUGAAAAUCACGAAUUCUUGUAUUAUGACGAGAAGAAGAUGGCAAACUUUCAGGACUUUGUGCCCAAAUCUCGUCGAAUAGAGAUGAAAUUUUCAGAGUUUGUGGACAAGAUGCAUCAAACAGAGAAACAAGGUGGAAAAGAAAGAGUGUACUUGCAACAAACUCUGAAUGAUACAGUUGGCCGAAAAAUAGUGGUGGAUUUCCUUGGAUUCAAUUGGAACUGGAUUAACAAACAGCAAGCUAAACGAAACUGGGGACCGCUGACCUCAAAUUUGCUGCUCAUAGGCAUGGAAGGCAAUGUUACACCAGCACACUAUGAUGAGCAGCAGAAUUUCUUUGCACAAAUCAAAGGACAUAAGAGAUGCAUUCUCUUUCCUCCAAAUCAGUUUGACUGCCUCUAUCCUUACCCAGUUCAUCAUCCAUGUGACAGACAGAGUCAGGUUGAUUUUGAAAAUCCAGAUUAUGACAAGUUUCCUAAUUUCACAAAUGCUGUUGGAUAUGAGGCUGUUUUGGGACCAGGUGAUGUCUUAUACAUCCCAGUGUACUGGUGGCAUCACAUUGAGUCCCUGUUAAAUGGAGGCGUGACCAUCACAGUAAACUUCUGGUACAAGGGGGCACCCACUCCAAAGAGGAUAGAGUACCCUUUGAAAGCUCAUCAGAAAGUGGCCAUAAUGAGGAACAUAGAGAAGAUGUUGGGAGAGGCCUUGGGGGACCCGCAUGAGGUUGGUCCAUUGCUGAACAUGAUGAUCAAGGGCAGAUAUGAUCAUGGACUGAGUUAAUGGCCUGAGCUGAACUCUCUUUAGUGUGCUGCUAAGAAGGUCUGUUUAUAUGUAUGUGUGGAUAUGAGUAUAUGCUUGUGUGUACAUUCAGACUGUUGAAACAGACUGUUGCCAGUGCAUGGCAGUAUAAAGACUUCCGCCUUUUGUCUGUUUUCAACUAUAGCUAGUUCUAUGUUGGUGUAAGAGGAAAACCACUGAUGAGGAAUCUUAAGUUGAUCUCUCCUUAACAAGUCCUUACAUUCAUAUGUGUGCAGCAUUACAUGCUAAAAAAUAG